AUGGUUCGUACUCGAAGAGGUUCAUCUUCACAUCGCGUAGAGAGUUCUUCACAGGAUGAGAGGUGGAGACCUACUGCUUCUGCUCGCAGAAGACGUGGAGCAGUUGAGUUUGAUGUUCAUGUUGAGGAUGCAAUUAAGGAUCAUGCAUUUGUGGAGCAUGAUAUUGAGCAAGAGAAGGAUCAUGAGGAUGUUGCUGAAGGUGGAUUUCCUGGAUGUCCAUUGCUGAAGGAGGAUCAUUGUGACGCAUUACAUUCACCAUGUUGCUUAUGCGAUAUGGAACGGGAUGAGAUCAAGUUGAUCUCCCAUGGGAAGAAGUUAAACAUAUUAGGAUCCUGCCACGAGGGCAUUAGAGACAUCGUUAAUGGUUCUGGUCUGAUGUCUCUGGUGGGCAUCUCCUAUGACUAUGUCGAUAGGGGUCUACUGCUGACAUUUGUAGAGAGAUUUCAUUUUGAGACCAGCAGUUUCCAUCUCCCCGUGGGUGAGAUGACUGUGACUUUAGAUGAUGUGUCACGGUCAGGUCUCCCUCAACACCCUCAUUUAUAA